GCCGGGCCACCCGCCCGGGUCGCGGGUCGGGUCCGGUUCGGGCCGGGUCGGUUAAUUUUUUUUUUUUAUAAUUUAUAUUUUAUAGUUUUAUAAGAGUAUUAAAAACAAACUUCAAUUGCAUUUAUUUGAAAUGAAAUAGGAACUACAUUUGAAAAUUAAAACAAACUUUAAGAGAAACAUUUUGAAAAUUGUAAUCAAUCGGAACUUCCCGCACCUCCCGAUCCUUUGGCUUUGUGACCUUUGUCACAUGACUUCAUAUGCUUGAUUGCAUUCCCGAAUCCGCCUGAAGCCCCCAUAAUACAUUUUUUUUCGCACCAUUUGCAAAUUUCGUACCACAUCCCGGUCUUCGGGUCCUUCUGCUUAUCAAAAUUAUACCGUAUAAUGACAUUUUGAUUUUCCAUCUUAACUUCUUGGAGAAGAGAAUUAGAGAGUAGAUAUAUAAUAUAUUGGAGAAUAAGAGAAUUAGAGAGUAGAGAGUUAAGAAUGAAUUUAGGAAGAAUUGGAGAAGAGAUAUGAAAAAAUGUUUAAGAGUAGGAGUAUUUAUAGGUUUUUUUACCCCCCACCCCCCCCACCCCCUCGGACCCCCCCUUUACCCCACCCAACGGCUAUAUAGCCGUUUGGGUUGUCCCCAGCCCCACCCCCAAGGCCUCAACGGCUAGUAGCCAAAAAUCAAAUUUUUUUUUUUUUAAAAAUAGACCCGGACCCGGGCCCGGGCCCGACCCGGCCGAGCCGGGUCACAAAAAUGCUGAACCGAGCCCGCCCCGCCCCUUCCCCCCGGUUCGGGCCCAUACCCGGUCCUGGACCGCCCGACCGGGCCGGUCCCGGGCCCGCACAGUACCGGGCCGGGUCACGGGCCGGGUGGCCCGAACCGAAUCCAACCGCCAGCGCUUCUCCCACCACUGCCCCACCCAGGCAAUACCAGACCCACAGUGACCCCCCUAACCCUAGCCGCCACCCCAAUUCCGGAUCUAGAUUUGAAAAUCGCCUCUUUGCCUCUUCAACCCCCACGAUAGGAAAUAAAUUGAAGAAGGAGAAGAAGAUUGGCGUGAGUAUGGAUAUGGCAACGGAAGGAGAAGAUCGACGCGAAUGAGACGGACGACGAUGAUGCCACGCGCGGUCGAUGGUGAGGGGCGACGGCCAAGCAGUGACGGGAGACGGAGACGUCCAUGGCAGCGGAGGAAGCGAUGGUCUAGCUGCUAUGUGCGCGGAGGAGUAGACGCUGCAGUGUGCGUCGAAGUUUGUUGAUGCUCUGUGCCUGGGGUUCGUGCGCAGCAAGGACAAAUUAAAGAAGGCCGGGUUAGGGAGAGUAAAUAUCAGUAAUAUUGAGACCAUUUUUUCAAAAGUCUUCUAAAAUCAUUCCAGGGUCAUCAAUCCUUACGUGGUUAGCUUCCCUUUACCUCCAAAAUCCAACUCUCAAACACAGUGUUAGGGAGUAAAAGUUGUUAAUUAAAAUGUUUUCACCAAAUGGGACGUUUACUCGAUCGUAAACUAGACGAAUACUAAUGUUUAUUGAAAUACAAUUCUAUUAAAAUGGAUGCCAAUCUGGUGAUCUUGGGCGG